AUGCCGCAAGGAGAAGUGGACGAGUUUGAUGGCAUUUUAGAUGAAUUUGAGGAUAAGGAAGGUGGAAGUCAAGGGGAUUUCAAUAAAGCUAUACAAGACACGCUUAAUAAUUUAAAUCUAAACGACUCAAAUGACGCAACUGACGAAAGCGACGAGAAUCUUGAUGAAAUACUUGAAUCGGUUAUGGGCGAAUUACUUAGUAAAGAUGUCCUUUAUGAACCUUUGAAGGAAUUAUCUUCAAAAUACCCAGAAUACCUUGAACAAAAUAAACCUCCAAAGUUGAAACAUGAAGAUUUUGAAAACUACUCUAAGCAAUUUGGAUACGUGAAAGAUAUCCUCAAGGUAUUUGAUAAUGAUGGCAAGGAUGGCAAGGAUAGCAAUGACAGUAAGGCCACAGAUAAGUCAAAUGUACUUGAUUUAAUGACAAAGAUUCAAGAGUGUGGAUCUCCACCCAAAGAAAUUAUUGGUGACUUUGAUAGCAAUAAUCUAUUCAAUGAAUACUCAAUCCAACUUGAACCAACAACGUCAUCAAGCUCAGCUGAAAUGCCGUUAGUCAAUCAUCCAAUGCCAGAGGCUCCUGAUCUCUCUAUUUUGAUUAUGAUCCCAAUAAUCUUUGUCAGCGCUCUUAUCGGCCUCCUCAUCGUUAUACCCGUGAUUGGAGUACUCACAAGGCACCGUGCUCACUUCAAUCCAAAGGGCGUUUCUUUAGACCCAGAAAGCAAUCCUACUGUUGGCCCAAAUGUCGACACCUACUUUAAAAUGGCAAAGCGUGUCAAAGAGGUUGAAGGUCUUGCUGGUUUUUUCAAAGGUUUCUUCCCUACUCUCAUCUCUGAGAUAUUCAUUGGCCUCCUCAUUCUCAUCCCCUUACCUUUAACAUUAUCUGCUGGCUUCCUCGGUUACUUUGCUGCUAUUGUUGGCUUAAUCUUUAUCGGCUGCGUCUCCUUACCAUUCGAAAUAUUCAUUAAGAGAGCUAUCGUUACUCCUUACAAUCUUCCUGUUCUUACUCCCCGUCAGAACAUCAGAAAGCUGGUCACUCCAAAUGAAUUGUCAAAUCCCUUCAAGAUGAUUAAUGCAACUCUCUUACAAGUUCUGGCUUUAAGAAUCCUCAUCAGCGCCGUCACCAUCCAUAUUUUGAGACCUUUCCUCUCUGUAAUCCCUCUCUUUGGCAUGGUGUCUUGGCAAGUUCUCACCGUUGCACUCAUCCUCCUCAUUAACCCACUCGACGUUCUUCAAACUAGACUUAUGGUACAGCCUUUGGGUCAACAGGAUUGGGAUGAAGAGACCAAUCAUAACAAAUACGAGGACGCAGUUGUAACUAUCAGACAACAGCCUUAUCAUGGCGUUGGUGACGCUUUGCGUGCUAUCAAAGAAGAUGAGGGCACUGGUGCUUUAGCCCGUGGCUGGUGGUUUACCCUUGUUGGUCAAUUAGCAAUCGCUUUCUCUCCAUAA